AUGAAAUUUCCAAUCGAGACUCCAAGAAAACAGGUGAACUGGGAUCCUAAAGUGGCCGUUCCGGCAGCCGCGCCCCCUGCGUGCCAGCCCAAGGGGGCCGCUAACGGGCACUACGCCGCCCCACGCCUCUCCAUCUCCUCCCGAGCCACGGUGGUAGCCAGGAUGGAAGGCGCCUCCCAGGGGGGCCUGCAGACCGUCAUGAAGUGGAAAACAGUCGUCGCAAUCUUUGUGGUCGUGGUGGUCUACCUCGUCACCGGCGGUCUGGUCUUCCGAGCAUUGGAACAGCCCUUUGAAAGCAGCCAGAAGAACACCAUCGCCUUGGAGAAGGCGGAGUUCUUGCGGGAUCAUAUCUGCGUGAGCCCCCAGGAGCUGGAGACGCUGAUCCAGCAUGCCCUUGACGCUGACAAUGCAGGAGUAAGUCCGAUAGGAAACUCUUCCAACAACAGCAGUCACUGGGACCUUGGAAGUGCCUUUUUCUUUGCUGGGACUGUCAUCACCACCAUAGGGUAUGGGAAUAUUGCUCCAAGCACUGAAGGAGGCAAAAUCUUUUGUAUUUUAUAUGCCAUCUUUGGAAUUCCGCUCUUUGGUUUCUUAUUAGCUGGAAUUGGAGACCAACUUGGAACCAUUUUUGGGAAGAGCAUUGCAAGAGUGGAGAAGGUCUUUCGAAAAAAGCAAGUGAGCCAGACCAAGAUCCGGGUCAUCUCAACCAUCCUGUUCAUCUUGGCCGGCUGUGUUGUAUUUGUGACGAUUCCCGCUGUCAUUUUCAAAUAUAUCGAGGGGUGGACCACCUUGGAGUCCAUUUACUUUGUGGUGGUCACCCUCACCACGGUGGGCUUUGGUGAUUUUGUGGCAGGGGGAAACGCUGGCAUCAAUUACCGGGAGUGGUAUAAGCCCCUAGUGUGGUUUUGGAUCCUUGUUGGCCUGGCCUACUUUGCAGCUGUCCUCAGUAUGAUCGGAGAUUGGCUACGGGUUCUAUCCAAAAAGACAAAAGAAGAGGUCGGUGAAAUCAAGGCCCACGCGGCCGAGUGGAAGGCCAACGUGACGGCCGAGUUCCGAGAGACGCGGCGGCGGCUCAGCGUGGAGAUCCACGACAAGCUGCAGCGGGCGGCCACCAUCCGCAGCAUGGAGCGCCGGCGCCUGGGCCUGGACCAGAGGGCCCACUCGCUGGACAUGCUCUCCCCAGAGAAGCGCUCUGUCUUCGCCGCUCUGGACACGGGCCGCUUCAAGGCCUCAUCCCAGGAGAGCAUCAACAACCGGCCCAACAACCUGCGCCUCAAGGGCUCCGAGCAGCUGAACAAACAUGGGCAGGGGGCCUCCGAGGACAACAUCAUCAACAAGUUCGGGUCCACCUCCAAACUCACCAAGAGGAAAAACAAGGACCUCAAGAAGACCUUGCCCGAGGACGUUCACAAAAUCUACAAGACCUUCCGGAAUUACUCCCUGGAUGAAGAGAAGAAGGAGGAGGAGACAGAGAAGAUGUGUAACUCGGACCACUCCAGCACUGCCAUGCUGACCGAGUGCAUCCAGCAGCAGGCCGGGAUGGAGAAUGGAAUGGUCCCCACGGACACCAAAGACAGGGAACUCGAGAACAACGCAUUACUUGAAGACAGAAACUAAAUGCUGAGGACCUAGGACUUGACCAAGCGUUGUGGUUUU